AAUUUUUCUAUAUAAUUAAUAUUUUUAUUUUUAUCUACCUUCAUCGCUUCACCUGUCAUCAUCCCAUGGCGGAUAUUGCAAGAACUCCCUCUCCUCCUCUUCUUCUUCUUCUUCUUCUUCUUCACUUGUCUCAGCCCCCACGAAUCUCAUUCUUCUUCCUUCACGGAAACGCCACUGCUCACUUCUCAUUUGGGAUCUAUCUCCAUCCAUCCCCUCCGUCCCUUUUCUCUAGCCGCCAUUUUAUUUUCAGUCUUUCGGGGGUCUCCUCUCCUCGCUUUCUUUCUCUCUCUCUCUUUCCUUGGUCAAAUUCCAAUGGCUGUUGCAAUGGCCUCUGCUAGCUUUGCUCUUCAGCUUAAAGCAGUUGAGAUGAACAGUAAAGCUUUUGAAAACUCUACAUCCAGAUCAUUAGCUGCUUCAUCUGCUGGAUUUGGCUCUUUUAAGUCAGCCAUUAGGCCUUCGUGGUCUUUUUGUCCCAUAAGAUUGCCAUCUUCACGAACAACUCUUGUUAUACGCGCAUCAUCAGCUGCAGCUUUGGAGGAUGAAAGCCCGAGCGAGGCCGAUGCAGUUCCAACUCCCAAAGUUAUAAUAGAUCAGGACUCGGAUCCAAAUGCGACUGUUGUGGAGAUAACCUUUGGGGAUCGUCUUGGAGCUCUCAUAGAUACUAUGAAUGCGCUGAAGAACCUUGGUCUGAAUGUCGUCAAGGCAAACGUUUUCUUGGAUUCUUCAGGAAAGCACAACACCUUUUCAAUCACUAAAGCUGAUACUGGUAGAAAAGUUGAGGAGCCAGAGCUGCUCGAAGCUAUUCGAUUGACAAUUAUAAACAAUCUCCUCCAAUAUCACCCGGAAUCAAGUGCUCAGUUGGCAAUGGGAGUAGCCUUUGGAGCUGUACCCCCACCAGUGCAGGUUGAUAUCGACAUAGCAACACAUAUAAGUGUUUCUGAUGAUGGCCCUGAUCGAAGCUUGCUGUACGUGGAGACUGCCGAUCGUCCUGGACUUUUGGUGGACCUUGUGAAAAUCAUAACUGACAUAAAUAUUUUCGUUGAAUCGGGAGAGUUUGACACUGAGGGUUUGCUGGCCAAGGCAAAGUUUCACGUCAGCUACAGAGGCAAAGCAAUCAUCAAGCCCCUCCAACAGGUUCUUGCAAAUAGUUUGAGGUACUUCUUGAGGCGGCCAUCGACCGAGGAGGCGAGUUUUUGAGCCAAUUUGUUCGAUAUAUGGAAGCCUGUCGAUUCUACAGUGUCCACAAGACAUAUCUCAACAAUUGUAGUUGUCAGGAUAAAUGUCUCCUCCCCUAGGAGGAGGAUAUUCCAGCCGAAAAUUGGACUAGACUGGUGACAUGUAGGGUAAUAAAACCUGUGCCGUUGGCGGCAUUGUAACAAUUCGAAGCCUUUUCUGCUUUAUUAGUUGAUACCACAGUUUCCCCGUCAGGACUCCCUCUCUUCACUUCAUGUCGCGUUCCGUAAUAAUAGACUAGACGAAUACCCCCAAUACGUACGGGAUUCAUCAAACUUAUAAA